CCUUUCUUGGCGUCUUAUCUCUUUCCUGCUCCGCUUCGCUUCGCUUCCCCACGCCACGCGUGUGUGUUCUUGGCAGCCACCCAAUCCCGGCCUCGCGAAAUCCGGCGCCAAAUCCACCCCCCUCAUCUUAUCGUCAAAUCGAUCGCCCAGCCCGGCAUGAUGGCCCCCUCAUCAUCGUCGCCCCUGCCGCUGCGCCGCAGCAAAAUGACCCUGCUUUAGUCCUCAAAAAUCCUGCCUUUCUGGUGCUCUGUUUGGUUAGUUAUAUAGCGUGCCGCAGCGCGAGCUCCCGGAGACUCGAUUCCGGUGUAUCUCGAGGCUGAUUCGGCUGGGUUAGGAUUUAGGAGGCGAGGAUUCUGGGCUGUGCAGGUGGUGUCUCGUGGAGGAAGGAUUUCGUGGGAGGAUUUUGAUCGGGUUUGCGGAGAAGGGCGCGCCGUUUGGGAUUGGGAGGAGCCGAGGGAGGUGAUUGUUGCGUGGUUGCGUGCUUUGCUGGGAAGCUACUGCUGCGGCUGCCGUCGCCGGGAUGCCGACGCACUUCACGCCGUCGCAGGCGCACGCGGCGUCGCACCACGCGGCGCACCACCACCACCACUCGGCGGCGGCGGCCGCGGCGGCGGUGGUCACGGCAACGGCCACGGCGCGGCUGCACGCGUCCGCCGCGCCGCCGGCCUCGGCGUCGGCCGCGGGGCUGUGCCCGCCGCACCUCCUCGCGGCGGCGUCCCCGGCCGUUUCAUCCUCGGCCUCCGCGGCGUGCCCGCCCGCCCGCAGCCCCAUCUUCGUCGGGCCCGGCGCGCCGUGGGCGCGGCAGCAGCCCCAGCGCGCCGCGGCGGCGGCGGCAGCGCUCGGCCCGGAGUUCCGACGCGCGCGCACCACCAAGACCAUCUCCAAGCGCACCCGCGGCGGCGGCGGGGGCGCGCAGGACCGCGGGCGCGUGGCCUCGGCCGCCGCGGGCCGCUGCGUCGAGAAGCUGCUCCGCGUCGCGCCUGAAGAUAGGCGAGGGCUUGGUUCGGCCCUCUCGUCCUUCCGGGGCGACCUACUUGGUCCUGAGGACUACUGCCAGGUCCUCCGGGAGCUCGGCGACAGGGAUAAAUCUGCACUCCGUGCGUUCGAGGUGUUCUAUGCCGCGCUACCCUUAGUUGGGGGUGGUGCUGUUGACAAGGGAAAACUUCUGACUGCUGCCAUCGGUGCACUUGGCAAGAUGGGCAGGCCAGACCUCGCGAGGAGGGCUUUUGAUAGUGGCAUUGCAGAUAGGUAUGGCAAUACGGUGUUUGCGCACUCUGCGCUCAUCUCAGCUUAUGCCAGGAGCGGGCUUGCAACUGAGGCAAUGGGGGUGCUUGAGUCGAUGAAAGGUGCAGGAUUGCGGCCUACCACGGUAUCAUACAAUGCGGUGAUUGAUGCAUGUGGAAAAGGGGGUGUUGAUCUUAGGUUCACACUCGGGUAUUUCCGUCAGAUGCUGCAGGAUGGGCUCUGUCCGGAUCGUAAGACGUUUAAUUCACUUCUUGCUGCAUGUAGCCGGGCUGGGCAUUUGGAAGAUGCUCGCACUGUCUUUGAUGAAAUGAUCCAUCUUGGUAGUGGGCGUGACAUUUACACUUACAACACAUUUGUCGAUGCUAUUUGCAAGUGUGGCAACAUGGAGCUGGCUACGCAAGUUGUAUUGGAUAUGGAAGCAAACAACAUCAAGCCAAAUGUUGUUACAUAUAGUACGCUUAUGGAUGGAUUCUCCAAACUGGAGAAGUAUGAUGAGGCACUCAAGUUGCGUGAAAAGAUGAAGUCUUUGGGAAUUCAACUGGACCGAGUUUGCUACAACACCUUACUGGCCAUAUAUGUGAAGACAGGGAAGUAUGAUGAAAUAGCUACUGUGUGUGAAGAUAUGGAGAAUUUGGGUAUUGAGAAGGAUACUGUUACUUACAAUUCCUUGAUUAAUGGAUACGGAAAGCAAGGACGCUUGGACAUGGUCGCUUUCCUUGUUCAAGAUAUGCGGGCGCAAGGCGUAGCUCCUAGUGUGCUGACAUAUUCAACUUUGAUAGAUAUUUAUUCAAAGGCGGGAAUGCAUGGAGAUGCAUUUAAUGUCUAUUUGGAUUUUAAGGAGUCUGGUCUAAAAGCAGACGUUGUUCUGUUCAGCUCUUUUAUUGAUACAUUGGCCAAGAAUGGUUUGGUUGAGUGUGCUUUGUCUUUGCUUGAUGAGAUGAUCAAGAUGGGUAUCAAGCCAAAUGUUGUAACCUACAACACAAUUAUUGAUGCAUUUGGCAAGUCGAAGAUUCUUACUGAGGAGGAUCCUGGUAACAUGGGUAUUGUUGGGGUUUAUGGUGGCCAGAUUGUAAGGGCCACUAAUCCAGUGACAAGAGGAGGGCGCUCUGCAACUGAUGUUCGGAUGAGGAGGUCACAGGAAUUAUUUUUCAUUCUGGAAUUAUUCCAGAAGAUGGUCCAGCAGGGUGUACGGCCAAAUGUUGUAACAUUUUCUGCGAUCCUGAAUGCUUGCAGUCGCUGUAAUAAUUUUGAAGAUGCAGCCCUUUUACUGGAACAGCUUCGCUUAUUUGAUAACUCUGUGUACGGGGUUGCAUAUGGGCUUUUGAUGGGCCAUCUGGAAGCUUGGUCUCAAGCACGGUCCCUCUUUAAUCAGCUGGGCCGCAUGGAUUCUCCAACAUCCUCUGCCUUUUAUAAUGCUCUUACAGAUGUGCUAUGGCAUUUUGGCCAGAGGCAAGGAGCUCAGCAAGUUGUGCUUGAAGGGGUAAACCGUCGUGUUUGGGAGAACACAUGGGGUGAUUUCUGCUUGGACCUGCACCUUAUGUCAUGUGGUGCAGCCCAAGCAAUGGUACAUGCAUGGCUCCUGAAUGUGCGCUCUAUUGUCUUUGAAGGUCGAGCUAUGCCUGAAUUUUUAAGCAUUCUGACAGGUUGGGGAAAGCAUAGCAAGAUAGCUGGUUCAAGCACUCUCCGUCGUGUCAUUGAAGCAUUACUCCUUUCAAUUGGAGCGCCAUUUCAGGUCGAGCGCUUCAACAUCGGAAGGUUCGUGUCACCCAGUGCUUUGGUGGCUGCCUGGUUGAGAGAAUCUGGCACCGUUAACAUCCUCCUCCUCCGCAAUGAGCGAGUGCAACAUGCAAACCCGUCCAAUCUGGUGCCGAUGUUACAGGCGUUGCAGUUGUAGCCCCCUAGAUCUCAUCUCGUUGUCCGUGGUAGGGUUGGUUCUGUCACAAGAGUUUUUAUAUUCACCUUUGUUCAGAAGAUUGUAGUGUAUCAUAGGCUCAGGGAAUAGGUCACUCUAUUAAAUCCCAGUGUUUUAGGCCGUUUUAGCGAUGAAUGUAAUGUUGUAAAAUUGUCAGCCUGCCUUACAACUCCUUUCAUCAAGAUAAAAAGUGCAAUUUCUUCACAAUAGGAGCUCCAUGACUGCUGACCUCGGACCCGUGCUUGGCUUCCUUAAUUGCAAAGAAAAGCUCCUUACCUUGGGAUGACGAUUUGUCACGUCUUUGGUCAGUGAUGCCCUUAUUAAGGCCUUGUGUCUCUCUUUCGGUUUGUUUGAUGAAAGCUACACCUGCCCAUUGAUGGUGACACAUCCAUCGCUUUCUCCCUUUGGCUCGUGAUGGCUUUGCUGCUUUGUGUGAUGCCAGCUUUGCUGAAGGUGCAAAGAGCAUCUUCUCAUCCAUUAACAGCUUGUGGUUUGUGGCCCUUUCUGUGUGGCAACAGCUCAAGAGGCUGUAAAGGCUGGGAAAGAGUGGCGAAGAGGAGUGCAAUGUGUUCUCUGCUGAAUCAGAUUUGCAGCUGUGGUCAAUAUCUGAUGGUUCAUCCUGCAUAAUUGGACUUGGAGAUGGAUACUUUUACAUGGGGAUUUGUCAGCCAUGCAAAUGGAUCAAAUUGGAGCUGGAGUUCUGAAACUUGUCUUUCCCUUCAUCGGUUUGGAUAUUAUUAAGUCAUUGAAAUGACAUCUUGCUAGAGGGCAGGGUCAAAGAAAUAAUAAAAAGAAUAUCAUUUGCUGUGUGACAAUUCAGGCCAGAGAAAAAGAAAAGGGAACAGUGGUCCAGGUGUGCAAUUGGUUGGGCAUGCAAUUGCGAUCUGCAAAUGUCCUUUUUGCUAGUUUGUUUAUGUAUCUUUCUAAAGAAAAGCUGAUGUAUGUAUUCGAUUAAUUGAGCAAGGAAGGAUCAUAGCCCGUCUA